AAAAUGCACGUAUAUAAGAAAACACUCCAGGCCCUUAUCUACCCGAUCUCGUCUACCACGCCUCACAAUUUCCUCAUGUGGACAGCUACCUCACCUACUUACUGCUACGAGUGUGAGGGACUUCUCUGGGGCAUCGCUCGCCAGGGUGUACGCUGCGUCGAAUGCGGUGUUAAGUGUCACGAGAAGUGUAAAGAUCUUCUUAAUGCUGACUGUUUGCAGACGUCCUACAACCUGCUCCAGUAUCACCCUUGGGCGCCAAAUAUAGAGGUCGUUCAUCUUCUUCUUGAACGAGCGGCAGAGAAGAGCAGUAAACAUGGUGCAGAAGAUAAAACCAAUAAUAUUAUCGCCGCCAUGAAGGAAAGAAUGAAGAAAAGAGAGUUGGAGACGCCAGAAAUCUUCGAGCUUAUUAGGGAUGUCUUUGGCGUGGAGGACAAGAGCCACGUAGGCCACAUGAUGUCGGUGAACCAAUCAGUGCUUGACGGGACUAGCAAGUGGUCUGCUAAGAUUGCCAUCACAGUGAUCUGCGCCCAAGGCCUCAUAGCUAAGGACAAAAGUGGCACCUCUGACCCCUACGUUACCGUCCAAGUGGGCAAGGUGAAGAAGAGAACGCACACCGUCCCGCAAGAGCUCAACCCUGUAUGGAAUGAGAAAUUUUACUUUGAAUGCCACAACUCUAGUGACAGGAUUAAGGUGAGGGUCUGGGAUGAGGACAACGACAUCAAGUCCAAACUGCGCCAAAAACUCACGAGGGAGAGUGAUGACUUCUUGGGGCAGACUAUUAUUGAGGUCCGAACUCUGUCAGGCGAGAUGGACGUGUGGUACAACCUGGAAAAACGCACAGACAAAUCAGCAGUGUCGGGUGCCAUUAGAUUACACAUCUCGGUUGAAAUCAAGGGCGAGGAGAAGGUUGCGCCUUACCACGUACAAUACACUUGCCUGCACGAGAACCUCUUCCACUACCUCUGUGAAGUGGAUGGCGGUGCUGUCAAGCUUCCACAAGCCAAGGGCGACGAUGCCUGGAAAGUCUAUUUUGACGACCACGCGCAGGAUAUCGUCGAUGAGUUUGCCAUGAGAUACGGCAUCGAGAGCAUAUACCAGGCCAUGACUCACUUCCACUGCCUGUCGACCAAGUACUUGUGUCCAGGAGUGCCGGCGGUCAUGUCCACGCUGCUAGCCAACAUUAAUGCCUUCUACGCCCACACUACGGCCUCUUCCGCUGUUUCUGCCUCUGAUAGAUUUGCAGCCUCUAACUUUGGGAAAGAGAAGUUUGUUAAGCUGCUCGACCAACUACACAACUCGCUGCGGAUUGACCUGUCCAUGUACCGCAAUAAUUUCCCAGCCAGCUCCAAUGAGAAGCUCCAAGAUCUCAAAUCCACUGUCGACCUCCUCACCUCUAUCACCUUCUUCAGGAUGAAAGUACAAGAGCUGUCAUCACCACCACGAGCCAGUGUUGUCGUGAAAGACUGUGCUAUCGCCUGCCUCAAGUCUACCUACCAGUUCCUCUUUGAGAACUGCUACGAGCUUUACAAUAGAGAGUUUCAGGUGGACCCAUCUGAGAAGAAGGAGGGGGGAGAGCAGGGGCCUCGGCUGGAGAGCGUAGACUUCUGGCACAAGCUGAUUGCCCUCAUCGUCUCAGUCAUCGAGGAGGACAAGAACAGCUAUGCCCCCGUCCUCAACCAGUUCCCCCAGGAGUUCAACAUUGGACAGCUUUCUGCGUCGACGAUGUGGAGCAUGUUUGCCGUGGACAUCAAAUAUGCCCUCGAGGAACAUGAGCAACAUCGUCUGUGUAAGAGCAGCGAGUACAUGAACCUCCACUUCAAGGUGAAGUGGUUGUACAAUAACUACGUGAAGGACGUGCCUCCCUACAAAGACCAAGUGCCUGAAUACCCAGCGUGGUUCGAGCCGUUUGUGAUGCAGUGGCUGAACGAGAACGACGACGUGUCGCUCGAGUACCUCAACGGUGCCUUCCAGAGAGACAAGAAGGACGAGUUCCCAGUCAGCUCUGAGAGUUCGCUCUUCUCCAACUCCGUGGUAGAUGUCUUCACUCAGCUGACUCAGUGCUUCGGUGUUGUCUCUAAGCUCGAGUGUCCAGACCCCGAGAUCUGGAAAAGAUUCAUGAAGAGAUUUGCCAAGACAAUAGUCAAGGUGCUCUUAGCCUAUGCUGAUAUUAGCAAGAAAGAAUUUCCUAAUUAUGUCGGUGAUGAGAAAAAGGCCUGUAUCCUCAUGAACAACAUCCAACAACUAAGAGUUCAGCUGGAGAAGAUGUACGAGAAGAUGGGCGGCGGGAACCUAGAGGAAGACGUCGCCACCAUCCUCAAUGAGCUACAGGGUACCCUCAACACAGUCCUGGAUGAACUUGCUCAUAAGUUUGCCAAGAGCUUGGAGGGUCGUAUUGCUGUAAAGGUGAAAGAAAUGGGCGACAAACUGGCAGCGGUGAAGGGCACAGGCCAGGUGCAGCCAUCACAACGCAACGAAGUCGCCAUCGAGGCCGACGACGUAUUAGUGCCCUUGAUGGACUUGCUGGAGGUCUCCCUCACUCUUUAUGCCCAGUCCUGUGAGAAGACAGUGCUGAAGAGACUCCUGAAGGAACUGUGGAAGAUUGUCAUGACCACGAUGGAGAAGACGGUCGUGCUGCCUCCCAUGACCGACAAGGCGAUGAUGCUCAAGAACCUGACGGACAAUGCCAAGAAUCUGGCCGCCAACGCUAAGAUUGAGGAUAUGUCUCGUCUCUUCAAGAACCAAUUGGCCGGCGGCAAAGACGUCAAGAAUGCCGUCUCGAAUAUAAUGGAUAUCUCCAAGGACUUCGAGCGUAACCUAACGCCCAAGCAGUGUGCUGUUCUAGAGGUGGCCCUAGAUACCAUCAAACAGUACUUCCACGCAGGAGGCAACGGCCUUAAAAAGAACUUCCUCGACAAGUCCACCGAACUGAAAUCUCUGAAUUAUGCCUUGUCAUUAUACACACAGACUACAGACACACUCAUCAAGACAUUCUGUACCACGCAGACUAACCAAGUUCCCGCAAACGACAGUAAGUUUCCGGGUAAGGCCAAGAAAAAGAAAAAGGAGGAAUAUGUACCGGUGGAUGAAGAGGAGGACGAGGAAGAACCCGAAGCCGAGGACGAUAACGACGAUCCGAUUAAGCCGAUCCAAACCCGAAAGAAACUGAGUUUGAGCGAUAAGCGAGGUUCUACCGAAGAAGGCACCGUCGGAGAAAUCAGCAUUCAGGUGGACCUGUACACUCAUCCGGGGACUGGGGAACAAAGGAUCAAUGUCAAGGUCGUGGCAGCCAACGAUCUCCGGUGGCCGACAACAGCCGGGGGAAUGUUCAGACCCUUCGUCGAGGUCAACCUGAUCGGUCCUCACUUGGCCGACAAGAAGAGAAAGUUUGCCACGAAAUCCAAAUCCAACAGCUGGUCGCCCAAGUACAACGAGAGUGUCCAAUUCUUAAUUGGGAGUGAAGAAAGUCCAAAGAGCUUUGAGCUUCACAUCUGCGUGAAGGACUACUGCUUUGCACGCGACGACCGGCUCGUCGGCGUGGCCGUGCUUCAGCUGAGAGAUAUCGUUGACCAGGGCUCCUGCGCGACAUGGCUCUCCCUGGGUAAGCGAUGCCACAUGGACGAAACCGGAUGGACAGUGCUGAGAAUUCUGAGUCAGCGCACCAACGACGAGGUAGCAAAGGAGUUCGUCAAGCUCAAGUCUGAAGUGAGAGGCGAGCCACCCAUCACCCAGUAGACAGAUUGAAGAGGGAGCAUUAUGCUCCAGUGCAAAGUUUGCCUCCAUCAUCCAGCGACGGACGACAACGGUCGGGUCGUGUCGGCCGUCGGCAAAAAAGGAGGGAACUCCGGCGAGGGGCUCCCGGCAGAGGAGGACACCGGAAGACCCAUCACGGGAUCGUCGGAGGGCCGAGUCCAGAGGCGACCGCCGACGUCCGCGGAGACUCGUUCCGUGCGAAGUUUGCGCGCACGGCUGCCGACGGAUGAAAAAUAAGCACAAACACUAAUUGGGUGGACAUUUGGGGUAAUUAAAUGGUUGAAUUAAUUUAGGGAUUUAAUCAAACUUUAGACCGAGAGAUUUUUGACGGACCGAUUCGUCGGCGCCCUUCCGGAACGUCGCACAGAAAGCAGAAGUCAUCCAAAAGAGAGACGCGGCCGUGCACGACCACGAGAGGGAACGGGUGCGAUACGGCAUCGCGAACGACGACGACGACGACCCCGGACUACACGGGCGGACCGUCGAGAAGGCACGAGAAAUAAGCGCAGAGUUACAAAAUAGAAAUCCGUACAGAAGCUGCGCGUUCUCGUUUCAAUGGAAUACAAGUUCUCUGCUCUUCCAAAACCUUGUUUAAAAGUUUGUAAAAUAGUAUUUUGAGUCAUUUAAAGAUGAUGGUGUUCAUUCUGUAUAAUACAAUACUGGUAAGAUGUACAACAUAUACACCAGUUGCAGUAAUAUAUUAUUCCGAAGGAAGCGUCCCGGUAGCUUCGAGCGCCCACGCGGCCGAAGUCGCGCGACUGUCCCAUUUUUUGUGGUGGCGUGAAAGAAAACAACCGAACCUUAAGGGUUACUUUCCCAUUUGCUGUUAAAUGGUCAUAGGGUAAGUCUACUGUUUUGUGCUGCAUUACUCUUUUACUUCUCUUUAAGCGAGAAAAUAAUGAAUAUUUGAAUUAAUCACGUGAUUUAAGUUGUGAGCACAAACUCUUAUUUUUCUAUGUGAUCUUGGCACAUAUUAUCAAAAGGUGCACAUUCAUAUUUCGCCUUUGACCUCAGAUUCAAUAAGCAAUCCAUUGUACAUAUCAUUUUACCAUUAGGUUAGUCCUCGUCUGUAAUUAUGAAUAAUUGGGUGAUUGUUAUGUAUUUUCCUAACUUUUACUUUAACCGGUUCAGGUCCACUACGUCGGACAGGGGAAGCACGAGGAUACGGCGUCGACCGUUCUACUAGUCUAUUAGCGGUGCAUUUAUUUGUCUCGCAACCGGCAAGAGUAAGCCCAAGUCGGUUAGUAAUUAAAGCCCAUUUUCCUACUCACAACACAGAGAAAAUGUCUUUUAGUUGCGGGCUUUCUCGGGCUCACUGUGGCUCUUGGCGUGGCAUCCGUCGCUAGUCGGCGUCUAGCGCGCGUGUGUGCGUGUGUGUGUAUGUGCGUGUGCGUGUUUCGUCUGGACCGUCGGUGUGUUUUCUUAACGAACGGGCACAUAUUGUACCUGUUAAAUAUUGGCACGUUUGAACUCUCGCAGCGACGGGUACCGACGACCGGGUAGCCGUAGGUAUCCGCGGAUAUUUUUUACAAGGCGUGGAGCAGCAGCAGAGCAACAGAGGUUACUGAGCCCAGGUCAAAAUGAUGUCCAGGUGUUAUAAUAGGGAUUGGUCACUUGUGUUUUCAUAAUUACUCUAUAAGAAAACGAGCAUCUAUACACAAAAGUGUAACGAGAACUUUAAAAACGGAAGAAAAUGUACAUUAAUGGGAAACGGUAGCUUAAAUUCAGGGGAUGACAUUGGUAAACGGGUAAUAAAACAAGGUAAAAAUGAAAUAGAAAUCAUACGAAAUAUAUUUGUUACUUUUAAAUAUUUCAUAUCGGAAAAAAAAAUGAAUAGCUUUAGAAAUUGAAGCCGGUGGGAUUUUACGAUCGGUCGUCAAUCCUCAGUAACGACGUUGUCCGCUGCUCUGAAGGUAUACCCCGUUGGCUAACUAGGCGUCGAGAAGAUGGAAGCCCCGGGGAGGCCAAUGGUAGGGAGAGGCACGAGAAGUUAGGCGAUCUAGAAGUCACGACGGGAAGAGAAGCGCCCUUGUAGGUUACUGAAGGAGAAAGUCCUGUUUGUGGAAGUAUAUAGACAUGGCAGAGGAAAGUUGUGUGACCUGAGAGGCUGAACAGGUGGAAGAAAUUGAUUUUUAGGGGGAGGGAUUAAAACACACGGGGAGAGAGUCGUCAAGGUAAAGUAGAUGAAGGGGGCCUUAAAAGAGAACUGGUGAAAGAGGCUGAAAACACACUAUAAGAUUGAUGGCUAGAAAUUUAGAUAAUUUUUUUUCUAGAAAUUGACAGGAGGAGGAAGGGGAAAGUUGGGGGAAAAUAUGUCUUUGGGAGCAAAAGUGGAAGAGGGAAACCUCUGUAGGGGUGCCGGUGGAACAAGAGAGGGGGAAAAGACGUAGAAAUGCCCAGAGACAGGUAAGAGACGGACGGAAGUGCCGUCGGAAGGCCAUAAGGAGAGCAACUGCAUGACUGUGCGAGCAAGGAUAAGCAGAAUCUUCCAAUUGUGUGUACAUAGUUGUCCCUUAUACCUAAAGGAAAAAAGAAAAACUCUCCUGCUAUACCAUUCUGUUGUCCAGUUUUUCCUCCAUAGCACAGCGAGCAUGCUUGGGAUGUUAGGAACUUUGCACUCACCCUAAAGUGAAAGAUUGAGUUACCCCUUUGAUUAUAUUUUAUUUUUUGCCUAUUUUUUUUUAGUACGAGGCGAGCGAGAUCCGCGUGCACGUCGUAACAUCCCGGGCACGUUCCGUUACCGAUCCUAACUUAUCUUGUUACGUGUUGGCAUGCCGUUUCCAACUCCUAGAGGUCGGGGGGAUUCUUGCCUCUGUACCCAGGGCGAACGUAGAGGUUCUCGGAUUCCCCCCCACGCACCUCACCUAGAUUUUUAUGAUACCACCUUACUAACCUAUUGCAGCAUGAAUGGCGUGGUGAUCAUUUCAGGAUGUGUAAAGAGGCUCUACAGGAAAUAUGUGAAGUCUCAGUUCAAAGCUUUUGAGUCAUUACACUCAUCUUGAUGUAAAUAUGUCAUUUAUCAUUGUGAGUGCGAUAAAAAUCAAUACCUAUUUGAUCUGUCAAGUUCUCUGUCUCUCUCUCUUUCUCCAUCUCUCUCUUUUUCUCCAUCUCUCUCUCUUUCUCCAUCUCUCUCUCUCUCUUUUAGUCAGUGGGUAUGUCUUUAGUUCAUUCCCAUGGUGGUACCUUGCCCAUUUGUUGACUUCAACUAUGGGAGAACCACGAUCCCAUUUUUGACAACUUGUGUGCCUUUCUGUACCCAUAACAGGUCCCGCGGGGUCCACGAUGCUUUAGUUGAAUCACCAUAGACCCGGCCCGAGCAGGACGGUGGUGUGCAGGGGGCAGUGCAGUCAACCAGACGCUGUAACACAGAUGAUACAUAACACAUAUAUUGGUUGUUGAUAGGAGAUACAGACAUACUUGCAACAGAUAGUUCUCAGUGAAACCCAAGAGAGAGAAAAAGAGCACCAGGUAUGUCUCAGGCGAUACAACUAUCACGUGCUGUGCCGUAAAUGAAACUAACCCGCAUAGUUGGCAUAACAAUACAGACAUUCUUCUAAUACUACACUAACGUUUUUGGUGGUGGGCGGAAAUAAAGAAAAAAAAAAACCAGAUACGUGACUUAGACACAUACUAAUGGGUGAUGUCUUGUAGAUGAUAUUUACACAUUUACUGUAGUAGUUAUUUGUGUAAAGAUGCAAGUAGUUAAAAUGUAUGAAAUGCAGGCGGGAUAUUAAGACAAGUACACAUUAAAUGAUUCUGACAAAUAAAACCUCACUGUAAAUGUAGAGACAAAACUUACAGACAUACAUACAUACAUAUUGGUGGCUGGUAGACAGACAUGGUGCUGAGAGGUACACACACACACAUACGAUGUUUUCAGUUAUUAAUGUGACGAACACGAACGAUGAAAAAGGGACAACUCCAAAAGUACACCAAUAUUUCCACCACUAUUUGUAUGUCAGUGAAAAAUGUAGUACGUACUAUUUCCACUCUUAGGCAUCACGACACAUACAGGAAAAUUAAUGACACUAGUGUUAGAGGGAAGACACACACUCGGUAUUUGUGUUUACCGACACAGAUGUAACUGAAAACCAAGCCCCCAAUCACAGGGUAUUGACACUACUGAGGUGACACACAUACACUCGUGCUGACACUGUGAGAUGACAAUAGUAUAUAUUAACCUUGUAUCUGUGUAUUCAUCAGCUAACAUUAAAUUGUUCAUAAGUUACCACUCGCGUAUCAAGUAAACAAAUUAUAUAUGAUGUUUGAAACACUGUACUUCGUCUGUUGAUAACCAUACAAACGGUAUACUAAGUGCAUGUUAACAUAAACGGCUUUAAUGUGAAUAUAGUCACGCUUUCUCUUAACCUCUCGCAUCUUCAUAUAUAACUGGGUAUACAGUACUAUUUUUCCGAGCGUCGUACCGCUGCACUGCCAAAUGCACCGUCACGCCACUGCUGCCGGCGCCAAGGCCAAAUCAGAUAUGUUUUAUUUUCCACUUCGUAUCACAAUAUAGAUGCUGUCCUCUGAAGAUUCUCGUCAGAUUUUCUUGUUAAUGUGAGUGGGAUCGAAGACGAAAAUUUUGGGUUUCUGUUGGUAGAUGUGAAUGGAACUUUGUCGUGUUUUGUUUUUCCUUUUGUUGGUACAGCUCACAGAUUCGUCUUCUAUCCCAGUGGUGAAUGGUUAUUGGCAUUCAUAUUAUUAUAUCAUAUUAAUUCCCAAGUGAAUCGUAGUCCUGUAGUUGGUUUUGUUAAUAUUAUUCCUCUAUCUGAAAAUAAAGGCCCUUUGAAUAAA